AUGCGUUCAUUAACUGUUGAUGAGGUUCGUCGACGCUACAAUCGACAAGUACUAUUUUGUAUACGUAUUAAAGGUGCGGCCACACUCAUUGGUUUCUGGGAUUUGAUGAUUCAUAUAGCUGCAUUAUUUGCACUUACUUACGUAUUUCUUCGUAUGCCAACCGAUGAUCAUGAUCACACGGCACUCUUACCUACAUCAAAAGAAUUGAAUAGUGGUAUUGGUUCAAAUAAUAUUCUUUUGACAAAAAUUAUUGAUGCAAAACGAAAUAGUACAUCAGCAGCAACAGCAGAUUUAUAUACAACUCUCGAUCAUAUGACAUUCAAAUGGUCGCGUUCAUUAAGUCAGCAAGAUAAAUGUAUCGUUUUUUUUGUCACAUUAUCUGCAACAGCUGUUAUCUUGGCAGCACUGUACGGUGUAUUAAGAAAUAAGCCGUCGUAUAUUGUUCCGUAUUUUUUAAUCAAAGUAUUUAAUGUCAUUGUCUCAAUAUUGAGCAUGCUUGGUUUUUAUGCUUAUUUGCCGGAUAUAACAUUGUGGAUUCGUAUACAGCCAAAUUUUCCAUUUAAACAAAGUUUACUUGAAUUAGAUCAACAAACGUUACAAUUGGUUCUAUUUGCAUUUUUAUUAUUUAUUGUUUUGGCUAAAUUGUACAUUGCUGCUGUGAUAUGGUAUGCUUAUGGAUAUAUUACAGCUUUAAACAUUGCACGCUCACUUGGUACAGUAUCAGCCGAACCACCAAUAACAGGAGAGCUCUACUCACCACCAAAAUAUGAAGAGGCAAUCAAACAAGAACAUUUUUAUCCGAUACCACCUCCUCCGUAUCAACCAUUACUUGCAAGUUAA